UACCAUCUUCACGACAUCACACACCGAUAACGCAUCAUGCAGCCAGCAAUCCUGUUGUUGUGUAUCGCGGUCGCUGCCGCUUUGCCGGCCCAAGAAAACGCCAGAAACGCCCUCCAGACCGAAAACGACCUCUUGGACACCAUCUACAACGACUGCCUCCGAAAGGACACCACGUCAUGUCUCAAGUACAAGCUCUUCUCCUUCGUCGACAAGAUGUUGGGACACAAGGAUACCAUCACAGUGACGGAAGGAGUGCAAAUUAUCAAAACAGGAAGUGAUUCGGAUGGAGCUCCAAGAGCUUUAAGCGGAGACGAAACCAUUGAAAGUCUCAUUUGGAACAGGAUUCAAUCUUUCUUGGAAUCACAUACGAUCAAGGUUGAUCUCAAGGGCUCCGAUAUUGUGAAUGCUGUCACUUCGACUGCCCGAUCCUUCAACGAUGUCCUUUCGGAAGAAGAGACUUUGGAAGAAGAAGGACGUGGAAAGAAGAAGAAAGCACAGAAAAUUCUCGGACCUUUGAUGGCAGCGGCCGCCCUUAAAGCUGCAGUCUUGGGGAAGUUGGCUCUUGCUGGUAUUGCCUUAAUCGCUGGUAAAGCACUUCUCAUCGGUAAAAUCGCUUUGGUGUUGUCGGCGAUUAUCGGAUUGAAGAAACUACUUGGACAAGGUGGCAAACAUGUCACUUAUGAAGUGGUUUCGCACCCUCAACAUUCUUCUAGUCACGUCGCAAGCCACGAAACCGUCUAUGGGGGCAGUAGUGGAGGCGGCGGCUAUGGCGGAGACGUUGGAGGCGGUUAUUCUUCUUCGGGACAUGGAGGUUGGGGCAGAUCUUUGGAUGCCCAACAGCUCGCCUACAGAGGACACCCUCAAGCCCAGUAACCGGCCGAGUCGGUCCCGUACCUGCGAAUUCUCAGCGAGCAUCUAGUUCCGUUCUUAUUUAUCUUAUUUAUGUAUUUAUUAGUCUAACGAUGACAAAGACUAAAAUACCAUACUAGAUCUAGAUUAGGAUUAAGUUUUAAGUGUUAUUUUUGUCAAGUCAAUAAAAUUGUAAACACUU